GGAGGAGGAGGAGGAGGAGGAGAAGGAGGAGGAGGCGGCGGUGGCAUCGCAGAGCCCAGCCCCGGUAGCCCCGGUGGCCCCGGCGGGGACCGGCAGCGCCUCGCGGGGCUCUCCCCGGGCCCGACGCCCUCCCGCCCCAUGGGGAACUCUCCGUCUCAAGGCAUGUGCCUGUCUCUCUCCCUAAUCACUGCCUCCAUGCUUAAGUGGCAGGGCUCCGGCACACGGCGGGAGACAAGCAGCCUGGACUCUGUUCCCUUUGUUUAAAGUCUCCAGAUUCGGAGCGGACCAGCCCGCACAUGAUCUCUGCGGCCGACGAUGCCGAGUACCCGCGGGAGUACCGGACGCUGGGCGGCGGGGGCGGCGGGGGCGGCGGCGGUCCCCGUCGCUUCUCCAACGUGGGCCUGGUGCACACGUCCGAGCGGAGGCACACGGUCAUCGCCGCCCAGAGCCUCGAGGCCCUCACCGGCCUGCAGAAGGCCGACAUGGACCGCAAGCGGGACGCCUUCAUGGACCACCUGAAGAAUAAGUACCCGCAGCACGCCCUGGCCCUGCGGGGGCAGCAGGAGAGAAUCCGCGACCAGCAACCCAACUACUGGAGCUUUAAGACCCGCAGUUCCCGGCACUCGCAAGGGACCCAGCCCGGCCUGGCGGACCAAGCGGCCAAACUGUCCUUCGCCUCGGCCGAGUCCCUGGAGACCAUGUCCGAGGCGGAGCUGCCCCUCGGCUUCAGCAGGAUGAACCGAUUCCGGCAGAGCCUGCCCCUGUCCCGCUCCACCAGCCAGACCAAGCUCCGCUCUCCAGGGGUGCUGUUCCUGCAGUUCGGGGAGGAGACGCGUCGCGUGCACAUCACUCACGAGGUCAGCAGCAUGGACACGCUCCACGCCCUCAUCGCCCACAUGUUCCCCCAGAAGCUCUCCAUGGGGCUGCUCAAGUCUCCCAACACGGCCAUCCUCAUCAAGGACGAGGCGCGCAACGUCUUCUACGAGCUCGAAGAUGUCCGAGACAUCCAGGACCGAAGCAUUAUCAAGAUCUACAGGAAGGAGCCGCUCUACGCCUCCUUCCCUGCAUCCCACAUCAGCAACGGGGAUCUGCGGAGGGAGAUGGUGUACACGUCCCGCGACUCGUCCCCGCCCCGGCGGCUGAACCACCUGGCUUCGAGCUCCCCGCCGCCGGGCCUGUCGUCGUCGUCGCCCUCCCGCUCCCGCACGUCGUACGCGGGCGGGCGACCCCCGUCCUACGCGGGCAGCCCGGUCCACCCCGCGGAGCGGCUGGGAGGCGUCUCCCCCAGCCCCAGCGCCAUCCUGGAGCGGCGGGACGUCAAGCCGGACGAGGACCUGAGCGGGAAGGGCGUGAUGCUGCUCAAGGGCGAAGGCCUUUACGCCGACCCCUACGGGCUGGUCCACGAGGGUCGCCUGAGCAUCGCCUCGGCCCAGGCGCUGGCCGGAGGGCCGGGGGGCGUGGGGGCCGGGCCGGGGGGCGUGGGGGCCGGACAGGGGGUCGGCGACCCCUUCCCCUACCCGGGCGCGUUGUACAAGCGCGGCUCGGUCCGCUCCCUGAGCACCUACUCGGCGGCCGCGGAGCUGGAGGAGUCGCUGUACAAGGCCGGGGGGCCUCUGUACGGUGACCCCUACGGACCCCCCGGCGGGGCCUUCCGACACCCGCCCUCCUCGCCCCAGAAGAUGGGCGACGGGCCCCCGGCCGGCCCGGGCCCACACAGCCCCUACUCGGGUUCCCCCAGCCGCUGCUCGCCCGUCCGACAGUCCUUCCGCAAGGACUCGGCCUCCUCCGUCUUCGCGGACAGUCCCGGGGCCAAGCCACCUCGAGGUUCCGGCUCCUCCGCCGGGGUUCCCGACCUCUUUCCCGGGGGUGGCGACCGUCCGCUCUCGGGGUUCAGCUCCCCCGGGCCCGCCAAGGACGCCGAGACCAGGGAACGGAUGGAGGCCAUGGAGAAGCAGAUUGCCAGCCUGACCGGGCUAGUCCAGAGCGCUCUGCUCCGUAACUCCGACGGCGAGACCCCCAGUGAGAAGACAGAAGGCACUGAUGAAGCUGUGAUACCUUCCCCCAUGUCCGGGCACGGGCCCCGCGGCAGCAGUGGGGUCACCCCGGUGCCCGCACCCCCGCCCGCCUCUUCGGGCAGCACCCCGGCCGGCCAGCCCACUGCCAUCACCCGCCUCCACAUGCAGCUGCACCUCCACGACCUACAGCACAACGCCAGCGACCUCCGCAACCAGCUGCAGCAGCUGCGCAAACUCCAGCUGCAGAACCAGGAGACGGUGAGGACGAUGCUGAAGAGGACCGAGGCGGAGCUGAGCCUGCGGGUGGCCGAUUCCAUGCGCAAGCAGGAGGACCCGCUGCAGCGCCAACGCACGCUUGUGGAGGAGGAACGGCUCCGUUACCUCAACGAGGAGGAGCUCAUCACGCAGCAGCUCAAUGACCUGGAGAAAUCCGUGGAGAAGAUCCAGCGGGAUGUCCUCCACAGCCACCGCCUCAUCCCGGUGCCCGAGCUGGAGGAGAAGGCCCUGCUGCUGCGGCAGCUGGGGGAGACGCUCACCGAGCUCAAGGCGCACUUCCCCGGCCUGCAGAGUAAGAUGCGGGUGGUCCUGCGGGUGGAGGUGGAAGCCGUCAAGUUCCUGAAGGAGGAGCCGCACCGCCUGGACGGGCUGCUCAAACGCUGCAAGAGUGUGACCGAUGCCCUGGCCCAGGCCCGCAGGCACGUGGAUGAGGGGGCGUGGCCACCCCCCCACACCUUGCUUAGUCAGUCCCCCAAGAAGAUGGCAGCCGAGAACGACUUCGGCAAGAGCCUGGACUUCGAGUUGCCCACCAGCCCCCCACUGGCCCUUCAUGAGCUGGGUGGGCAACUGGAAGGCCCACAUGCCCCAAAAGGAAGCAACCCCGCCCGGGGCCCCGAUACCAUGCCAGCGAAGGUGACCAGUGGCCCGGACGCUCCUGGCAAGAGGAGCGUGGACAAGGCCGUGUCCGUGGAGGCAGCGGAGCGUGACUGGGAGGAGAAGCGGGCGGCCCUGACGCAGUUCAGCACUCAGGACAUCAGCCGCCUGCUGGAGGAGACGCAGGCCGAGCUCAUGAAGGCCAUUCCCGACUUGGACUUCGCCAGCAAGCACAAGGCGGGCAGUGGGGGCAGCCCUUCCCCCACGCCCGAACACAAGCCCGCCAAAGCCCAGCACGGGCAGAAGGCCAGCGCCCGCGUGGAGCCCAGCGGCCGGCGGGGCUCAGACGAGCUGACGGUGCCCAGGUACCGGACGGAAAAGCCUUCCAAGUCGCCGCCCCCACCCCCUCCACGCCGGAGUUUCCCCUCCACCCAUGGGCUCACCACCACCCGCACCGGCGAAGUCGUCGUCACCAGCAAGAAGGAUGCAGCAUUUAUCAAGAAGGCGGAGUCGGAGGAGCUGGAGGUGCAGAAGCCUCAGGUGAGGCUGCGCCGGACGGUGUCCGAGGUGGCCCGCCCGGCCUCCACGCCCCCCAUCAUGGCCUCCGCCGUCAAAGACGAGGACGACGAGGAGCGGAUCGUCGCCGAGCUGGAGGUGUUUGAGAGAAGCUCCAUGCCCUCCCUACCCCCCAUGCCCCGCUGCCAACUGCUCCCGGCCUCCAGGCCCCUCUCGGGGCCCCCCAGGGUCUCGGCCCUGGGUCCCGGAUGGAAGGGCGGUGGCGGGGGCGGGGGUCCGGUCCCUCCGGCGAAGAUGGGCAGCCCGGCUGGCUCCCGGCUGAAGCAGAGCCCAGCCGGCAGCGGCCCCGACAAGGGCAAGCACGGGAAGCAGCGGCUGGACUAUCUGCGGAUCCAGGGCCAGCCGCCGCCGCAGCCGCAGCCGCAGGCCACUAGAACACCUAAAGAGACUAGCGGACUGAAUGAGACCCCGAGUCCAGUCUCAGAAAAACCCUCCUCGUCCAGAACCUCCAUCCCUGUAUUGACUUCCUUUGGGGCAAGAAAUUCGUCUAUUUCGUUCUAAAGGCUCCUUGCCAGCUCUUCCUCCUCUCCCCCCGCCCCUCCUCCCUUUGCCCCGUCGAUCCUUCUCGUCUCCCUUCCUUCCUCCCUGUCCUCCCGCCCUCUUCUCCAGACUCGGUGGGAGGGUUUGCCACGGGUCCUUCUCCUUGUCUUGGUGUAUUCGGUGUUUUGGUGGGUUUUUUUUAAUUAUUCACUUGUAAUUACACUUCUUUUUUGUAAAUGAAAGGAAAACCAAACACACCAGGCGCACCAAUGUCCCAUUUCAAUAUGGCCGACCCUUUGGGUCGCUUUCCGUUCCAAUACGGCUGACCCGUCUGGCCACUUCCCAUUUCCAUACGGCCGACCUGCCAUUCUCUGUUUCUCCUCUUUUUAUCCUCCUCCUCCUCCCUCUCUUCCCCUCCCUACCACCAACACUUCCUGUUUUUCCUCUGACCACCCUCCCCCAUCCUCUUCUCUGCCCUGGCUCACCGGGAACACCGAAACGAACUUCCGCCUGGACCUAUGACCGUCAAACAACGAGGACUCAGAGUCGUGAGGCGCCCCUUCGACCCUCUGUGGAGAAGGACUGGACGAUUAACUUAAAUAAUGGGUUCUGGGGUGUGGGAGAGAGGGCAGGGACCGGAGGGGAGGGAGAGCCGGUCCGGGGAAGAAGUGGAUAGAGGUGGACCUGACUCCAAAGACGUCUCCCAGAACUGAGACCUCUACUGUUUAAGCCUGCCUCUGCUGCAGCACCUUUCCCACAUUCCUUAGAAUUUGUUGAAGCUCAGUCAGAUGGGCAGGGGCCUGGGAGUGGUGAAGGGGUCUGUAUCUCCCUCAGGGACUCUGGGAGGGUCGGGGGAGUGCGAGCCAGCCGGAGUGAGCCUCCUGUCUGUCUGUGAGCGUCUGGAUGUCAGUGCUGCAGCAGGGGUGAGGAGAGCAAUAAAGAGAGGCCAAGGGCCUUCAUCCCUGGCCCAGUUUGGAGUCGGGGCCGGCCAGGCUGCAGUUGGCUAGUGGGAAGGGGGCUGCCGUCUUGGAUUUCUUCCAGGCCGAGGCCAGUGGUUGGACCUGUAGAAAAUGGCUCGGGCGAGCGGGGGCUGGGGCUCGACUCCGAAGUCGUCCAGGCUGUGUAUCUGGGCUUCUGUACCUUAAGUUUCAUAAUUUAGCACUUUAAUGGCCAUUAACUUACUUUAAAAGGGGUCGAGGUGAGUGGUUUGCUGUGGGGAAAUAGGGGCGAGGAUAGCAGUGGGGAAGCAGGUCUAGGCAGUAUAGGAGAGGGGAGGUGGGAGAAGAAGAAUGGAUAGGGGAGAGGGAGGCAGGUUAGCGAAUCAGGGUUCCCGUCUUGACCCGUGACGCUGAGUACGCCCAGUGCCACCUUCACCCUGUCUCUCCUGGGCAUGCCCCUUCCUUCCUCCCCUCUCUUUUACUGACUGUGUUCAAUCCAUCCCCUACAAGAGCUGGGAGGCCGAGUUGGCCAGGUAGAGAGAUGACAGUGAGGGAGUUGAGGGCUUUUUGAAGUAGGAGGUGGAGUGGGUCUAGGAGAAAGGGGUUUGUGAGUAUGGGGCGAGGGAACGUGAGGCUAGUCAGCAAGGGUGGGACUGUCUCUCCCCUCCCCUAGUAACUAAUAAUAUUGUGGUAUUUAUUAAGCACUUACUAUGUGCC